CUCAGUCCGCCACUCAGCUCAUCCUCGAUCCUCAUCAUUUUGCUCCAUCGCACCAUCAUGCCUGGUAGCUUAGAAACCCAAUAUAUCAGGCUUGAAGGUGAGUCCCUCCAUAUUACCUUCGUGUCUAUUCCAUGGUCCUCACUCUCUAUCUACAGUCAUCAAUGGAAAGAAUCUUCGUCCUGCGGGCGUAUUCCCGCUGGCUUCUACAUAUCCAUCAAUGUAAACUCUUGUAGACGUUGGAAAUCGGCCAUCAGUGUCUUAUCAUCUGAUGAAUCUGUAGUGUGGGGGGAUUCUGUAACUCUAUCAUCACAUGCCUCACCUGCGUUAUCAGUGGAGAUCAGGGCAUCCUAUGAACUUGGUCGAAUGCUGGGCGGUGGAGAGGUCAUCGGGGAACUUCAAAUGUCGUGGGAUGAGUUAAUCGAUCAUGGAGAUUUAUCCUUCCCACACGUGCGCGGUGUCCAACCUUUCCUCGCACUGAAGGCCGCCGUUACUGCAGGGUUUCUCAAGGACACAGAUGCGGGCCACGCAAGACUUGCCAAUUACAUAGCAAGCGCGAAUGUCUCUCACUUGAACGCUGCUGUAGAACAUUUUCAGUUGGUUCUGGACCAGCGUCCUGUCAGCCAUCCAGACCACGCGGCAGCUCUCACCAACCUUGCGUAUGCGCGCUUUCAAGGAUAUAUCCGAAAUGACCUUCAAGAUAUAGAUUCCAUCACUUCCCUCUUCCGCGACGCCCUUGCAUUGCGUUCGCAGCGCCAUCCCGAUCGUCCCUAUUCUCUAUAUAAUCUCACCCUAGCCCUGACUUGGUACCACAACAAGAAAAGUACUGCUGCCGACAUCCGUGAAGCCGCCCAACUUUAUCAUGAACUACUUCCUCUCUGUUCAGAGGGCACCUGCCUUCAUAGCAUCGCGGCAGGGGCAAACGGUGUUGGUUAUGUGAUCGAGGAAUACAACGAUCUUCUAAUAAACGCCUCUGAUGAAGACAUCCACUUUGGACAAGUCAUCCUCGAGCUCUGUCCUUUGGGCCAUGAACUCCGUCCGAGAACACUUGACAGUCUUUCAUGGGCUCUCAGAUCACGCUUUAGACAGCAUGGCAGCAUCGAUGAUCUCAACACGAGCAUACAACUCGGUCGUGAUGCCAUGUCUCUGUGUCCCGAGCGACAUGCUGACCGUGAUUUCUACCUGGACAACUUGGCCUUAUCACUUGUGUCCCGCUUCCAUCACCAAGGCAAACCUAGCGACCUCAAUGAGGCCAUCUCUUUGUAUGAAGAAGCGCUGUGCCUGUGCCCUGUUGGGCACGAAUCUCGUGAUUACUCGUUGGACAGCCUAGGGAGCGCCUGCUUCACCUGUUUCUUUAAACGCGGCGAUACUGAUGCCCUCACCCGAGCUAUCAACCUCUAUCGCGAGGUACUGAUGUUGCGCCCACCUGGGCAUCCACGUCGUGACAUCACGCUUUGCAACCUUGCCCUCGCGCUCCAAACGAGAUAUGAGAAAUUGCAUCUCAAGGAGGAUCUUAACGAGGCCAUUGAUCUGUAUCGCGAAUCCCUUCGGUUAAUGUGGCAUGACCAUUCAGAGCGCCAUGUAACCAUUUACGGUUUGAGCUCAGUGCUCUGCUCUCGUUUCACGCAAACUCAGGAGAAUGAAGAUGUUGAGGAGGCUAUUACUCUUUGCCAAGGAUUAUUGGCGGCUCUGUCUCCACUGCACCCGGACAGGUAUCUCAGCUACAUGGGGCUGCAGGAGGUUUAUUUGUCUCGUUACCAGAUUCUACAUGACCAUGCUGAUUUGUCGCUCGCUAUGGAGAACUUCAGACUCGCAUCAAGAUACCCUACUCAAGGAUUUCGAGAACGCAUUAUAACAGCCCAGAACUGGGUCACCGCAGCAGAGCAGUAUAGUCAUACAUCUGCACCGGAGGCCUAUGACACAUGUUUCGACCUUGGCGAUUAUUUGGCAACACGAUCAACACUCCCUGUAGAUGCAGCAUCAUGUCCCAUCUGCUGCCACAAUCUACGACACGCAGUAGAAUUCGUGGAGCACGGCUGUGACCAGCAAUGGUCACUGGCAUCUCGACUCAGGACACCAGUUGAAGACCUUGAAUCAGCAAAUCCGACACUAGUGCACAAUUAUUUGGAACUGAGCAAGCACGUUUCCAAUGCUGCCCAGAGUUCUGCGACUAUCACCGACAGAGCUGCUGCUAAUCGGGCAGCUACAGAGUAUAGGAGACUUACGGAGCAGUGGGCAGCUGCAGUAGUUGAGAUACGUGAUCUUCGGGCAUUCUCGCGGUCCCUGCUUCCACCUUUGUACGAAAACUUGCAAGCGGCAUCGAUACUCGCGCAUCGUCAUCAUCGUCCCAACGUCAGGAGACCCCGUCAUGUUCCCUUACCGUCUGUCACUCUCGCAGAGCUGACCAAUCUCAAGGAUCGCUUCGUUAGGGUAAUACGACACGCAUCUAUCAUGGGCCCAAAAGUGCCGCGGAACGAUCUAAUAGUCCUUUUGCGGGCAGUACGGGGCGAGAUCAUGCUGCCCAUCGUCAAUGUCCUCCAGCAUGAUCCGAAAUUAGAAUUCCACUCUCGAAUCUGGCUGUGUCCAACUGCAGCAUUCACGUCUAUUCCUCUCCACGCAGUUCACCCCUUUAAAACGAAGGCAGAUGGCUCUAAGGAGCCAUGCCUGGAAGAUAUCUACGUCUGCUCUCACAUGCCGACACUUUCGGCCCUGGUCAGAUCUAGACAGAUGAUGAAGAAACGUGUCACUCCAUCCUUCGUGACAAUCGGACGGGGUAAACUGGGUGCAGGGAAAGGCAAGGAACUCCUGGCUGUCGACAGCGGGCUCGAGCUUGUCUAUAGGCUCGUCCCUGCGACAGCCAACCGGACCACUAUUUCAGGCGACGCAGCCACACGAGCAGGUGCACUCGAAGCUUUGCGGCGGGACACCUGGGUGCACCUUGCUCGUCAUGGCAAGCAAGACCUUGCGCAGCCUUAUAAUUCGCAUUUCGUCAUGAAAGAUAAACAUCUGAUGUUUCUCGAUAUCAUCGACAUAGACAUUCUGUACGCCGAGUUCGCGUUCUUAUCAGUAUGUUGUACCACCGUCGGCGAUGAUGAGACGCCAGACGAAGUGAUUCACCUCGUAGCCGGUCUUCAGUUUUCAGGGUUCAAGAGCAUCAUUGGCACGCUGCGGGAGGUCGACGAUUCUGUCGCGAAACACGUCGUUGAAGCUUUCUACAAAUAUAUGUUCAAUCUGAAGGAGGGCCUGUACGAAGGCGGCCUGGGCACUCAGCUGUGCUAUGCACGCUCUGAAGACAAAAAUGCCACUUGAGCAGAGGAUGGUUUUUAUUCAUAUUGGCGUGUUGUAUUACUGUCGUCUGGUACAUAUUCACAAGUUGUUGAUCUGCGAUCCCCUUUCAUGAUAUCCUGUUGUAAAAAUGACCCUGAUAUAUUCUUACGCUCUAGCUAUCUCGUUUUCGUAUACUCUGCCGUGUUUUUGUCUACUAGAAUAUU